UGUUCCUUGCCAAGUAUUAUACCUAAUGUUUACGGGAAGAAAAAAGAAUGUUAAGGGCAGUUGGACAGGCUCACUAAAUCUUGUAACUUCUAUCUGGUUGAAAGGAGGACAUGGACAAAAUUGAAAAAAUGAUUAGGAUAGGAGGGCGACUCCAUCUUUCAAGACCAUGCAGAGGAUGUGGAUUACACAAAGUAGCAUGGAAAAUGCUGUAAUUCGAGUGGGUUGAACAUGGAGUCUGCAACCAUGGGUAGCAGUAAUGGUGGCGGUGGCGGUGGCAGAGGCAGAGGCAAGAGGAAGUCUGUCUCCAAAUCAACAAGAGCAGGUCUACAGUUCCCUGUUGGGAGGCUUGCUAGGUACCUCAAGAAUGGCAGAUAUGCAAGAAGAAUUGGCCUUGGAGCCCCAAUUUACAUGGCUGCUGUUAUGGAAUAUCUUGCAGCAGAGAUUCUUGAAUUGUCAGGAAAUGCUGCUAGAGACAACAAGAAGAAUAGGAUUACUCCACGGCACAUUCAGCUUGCAGUCAGAAAUGAUGAUGAAUUGAACAAAUUGUUGGAAAAUGUUACUAUUGCAUAUGGAGGUGUAAUUCCAAACAUUCAUCAAGUUCUGCUUCCUAAGAAAACUGCAGAAAAAGUUAAGGAAUCUGCAGAGGUCUAGAUAUUAUUUAUGUGUCUCUCUCUUGGAAACGAGAGAGAGGAGGGGAAAAUUAUACAGGCAUUAAUUAUAUUUAAUAUUAUGUUACACAUUCUUAAUUUGAUGGUAUGAAAGAAAAUGAAGUAGAAGAGUGAGUAUAUAUAUAUAUGUCCAAUGGAAUUAGAAUUGUGAUUUUACAUCUGAAUUUCACAUACUUCAAUGAUCAAAGUCCAUGCCUUUAGCAUUGUCAAUUGAGAAGCUUGAAAAAGGAAUCCUUCCUUUUUUCUGGAUUAAGAUUAAUGUUAAACUUUUCAUGUUCAGUUAGUAUUCAAACCUAGGACCUCCUAUUUGUUACUGGGGUGUUCUACCACUGAGCCUACUGGCUCUCUUGGUAACCAUCCAUCUUUGGUUCAGGUGUGAUCAUUUUUCAGCAUCUUCCUUGAAUUGGACUGAAAUUGCUUACGAAUCCUAACUUGGCCUGCUCUGCUGACUGAUCCAUCUUUGAUUGGGA